AUGGAGAAAGUCACCGAGGCGUUGAAGAAGGCUACCGUUGGGGGCGAGAAGAAGGCCAAGAAGGACAAGAAAACCCCGGACGCUGCCGCUGCUAACGUUGGCCCGCUCGAGCUGGAACCGCCUCCUUCUUUCCUCCAGGAUCGCAUCGACCUAUUCGACCGAUUGUUCAAGGAGCAGCAAGCCGAGCUUGCGACAAAGCCACACGAUGAUAUUCUGAUUACCAUGCCUGAUGGCACCAUCAAGCCUGGCAAAGCCUACGAGACCACCCCUGCCGACAUCGCGAAGGGCAUCUCCAACAGCUUAUACAAGCGCACUGUUGUCGCGAGGAUCGACGGGGACCGGGAACAAUUGUGGGACAUCGAGCGCCCACUCGAGAGGAGCUGCAAGCUGGAGCUUCUCGACUUCAAUGACGACCAGGGCAAAUUUGUCUUCUGGCACUCAAGUGCACACAUUCUCGGCGAAGCCUGCGAACGAAGAUUCGGUUGCUCGCUGUGUAUCGGUCCCCCUGUCGACAAUGGUUUCUAUUACGAAAUGGCUCUUCCCGACGGAGCUGCUGUCCAGGCCAGCGAUUGGGCCCCGCUUGAGAACAUCGUCGGCAAAAUUGUCAAGGAACGACAACCGUUCCAGAGAUUGGAAAUAAGCAAAGAAGACCUCCUAAAGAUGUUCUCGUACAAUCCAUAUAAGCAGCACAUUAUCAAGGACAAGAUUGUGGACGGAACAAGGACUACAGUCUACAGGAACGGGCCGUUGAUCGAUCUUUGCCGAGGGCCGCAUGUACCUGACACCAGCAGAAUCGAGGCUUUUGCCAUCAUGAAGAACUCUUCUUCCUAUUUUCUUGGAGAUGCCAACAACGACUCUCUGCAGCGAAUCUAUGGCGUGUCAUUCCCGGACAAGAAACAAAUGGCUGCCCACAAAAAGUUCCUAGAGGAGGCGGCCAAGCGUGACCACCGACUGAUCGGGAAACAGCAAGAGCUUUUCUUUUUUGAGGAGUGUUCACCAGGUUCAGCUAUGUGGCUGCCUCAUGGUAUGCGAAUCCACAAUGCCCUCAUGGGCUAUAUUCGCGAGCAGUACUGGCAACGUGGGUAUGACGAGGUUAUGACCCCAAACAUGUUCAACGUCUCGCUCUGGGAGCAAUCAGGCCAUUUGGCCCACUACAAAGACGACAUGUUCAUCCUCGAUGUAGAUAAGGAGCAAUUUGGCCUCAAGCCGAUGAACUGCCCAGCACAUGCAAUGAUGUUCCGCCAUCGAGAACGAAGCCACAAGGAGUUGCCUCUCCGACUUGCCGACUUUGGCGUGCUCCACAGAAACGAAGCCAGUGGAGCUUUGAGCGGUUUGACAAGAGUCAGGAGAUUCCAACAAGACGAUGCCCAUAUCUUCUGCCGAGAGGAUCAAAUCGGAACUGAAGUGGCUGAUCUCUUCGACUUUAUGCGCUCCUUUUAUGGUUUGCUUGGACUUACCUUCAAACUCAAAUUAUCCACCCGCCCUGAGAAGUAUAUGGGUGAGAUUGAGACUUGGAAUCAGGCCGAGGCUCGGCUCAAGGAAGCACUCGAUGACUUUGCCACCUCUACCGCCGGUGUCUCGUGGGAACUCAAUGCUGGAGACGGUGCUUUCUAUGGCCCUAAGGUUGACAUUGCCGUGCUGGACUGCCUUCAGAGACCUUGGCAAUGCGCUACCAUCCAGCUAGACUUCCAGCAGCCGAUCAAUUUCUCUCUCGAGUAUCAAACUGCUGAAGGUGUUCGGCAAGAUCAGAUAAAACCUGAUUCUUCUAAGCCUGAUCCUUCCAAGCCCGCGCCCGCAUGGAAGGCGGAUUCUCAGAAGGUAGAUGCGCCCAAGAAUGAAGAAGAGACUGGCGCAGGAGACCACGAAAAGGGGAAGAAAAAGCCACUGCUUGUUAAGAAGCCCCUUUCUCCCGGUUGCGCCCGGCCUGUCAUGAUCCACCGAGCGAUGGCUGGCAGUAUCGAACGCUUCACCGCUAUACUCUGCGAACAUUUCGCUGGCAAGUGGCCCUUCUGGCUGUCGCCGCGUCAAGUCAUUGUAAUUCCCGUCGGAAUGGGUUUCCUCGACUACGCAAAGGAGGUUGCUCUACUUCUCAAGAAGGAACACUUUCACGUUGAUGUCGACAGCACUGGCAACACUCUCCAGAAGAAGAUCCGCAAUGGCCAGUUGGCUCAGUACAACUUUUGCUUUGUUGUCGGUGAUGAUGAGAUGAAGAACAGGAAGGUCAACAUCCGCUACCGGGAUGACACCUCGACCCAGGCAAGAGACGUUCCAGUGCCUUUGGACGAGGCUGUAGAGAAGCUCCGGAAGUUGAAUGCCGAGAGGGGGAUGUACAACCCGUUCCCUCCUGUGAAGGAGGAGAAAGCUUAG